GGGGCGCUGUUGGGCUGGAUUUUACGGUUGGAGACUCAUCUUUGGAGGCAUAUUCUUCUCUCUUUCAUUACUUUCUCCCCUGAUCUGCAGUGUUUGUUAAGCGUCUGCCCGACUGGACCUGUUUCAUCAUGGCCGUCUGAAUUUGGAUCCAAAUCCCAGUCUGAUCCCGUUUUCUCAAUCAUUUCUCCCGAUCGCAGUGGGAAUCAUUUCUUUGGGAUAUUACUUCAUUUGUGCCAAUGUUCAAACAUGCAGCCUCCGCCAAGAAAGGUAAAAGUGACACAGGAACUGAAGAACACUCAUACGGAGCAGCUCGGCCGCCUGCAUCUCAAACACCAGACGGAAUGUGAUUUAUUAGAAGAUAUGAGAACUUACAGCCAGAAAAAGGCCACACUGGAGAGAGAUUACGCACAGGCCCUGCAGAAGUUGGCGAAUCAGUAUUUAAAGAGGGACUGGCCUGGGAUCAAACCAGAUGACCAGAGGACAGACUACCGGAAUGUGUAUGGAGUGUGGCGGGCUUAUCUUGAAGGCACCGUGCAGGUGACCCAGUCUCGACUCAACGUCUGCGAGAACUACAAGAGCGACAUUUCGGACCCUGCCAAAACCUUACGCCUCUACAAGGAACAGCAGCUGAAAAAGUGCAUUGACCAGCUGGGUCGGAUCCAGGCAGAGCUCCAGGAUUCAGUGAAGGAUCUGGCCAAGUCCAAAAAGAAAUACUUUGAGCUGGAGCAGAUGGCCCAGGCUGUGCGGGAAAAGGCCGACAUUGAGUCCAAGUCGAAGCUGGGUCUGUUCCAGUCCAGGAUAAGUUUACAGAAGGCCAGUGUGAAGUUGAAAGCGAAGAGGAGCGAUUGUAACUCCAAAGCGACCCACGCAAGGAACGAAUAUCUUCUCACAUUGGCAGCCGCUAACGCACAUCACGACCGAUAUUACCAGACCGACCUGGCCAGCUGCAUCAAGGGUCUGGAGGGGAACGUAUACGAUCAUGUGAAGGAUUAUCUGAUAUCCUUUUGUCGGACCGAGCUGGAAGCGUUUCAAGCUGUCCACAGCACCUUCCAGUUCCUGCUGGAGAAGUCCAGUCGAGUGAUGCAGGACUUCAACCAGCAGCUGUUCCUGCAGGAGAACCCAGUGUUUCACAAAGCCCAAGACUUCCCGUUCCAGCCCAGCGACAGCGAUACGAGUCGACAGCUGGAAUCGGAGACAGGAACCACAGAAGAACACAGUCUGAACAAAGAGGCGAGGAAAUGGGCCACACGUGUGGCCCGCGAACACAAAAACAUCAUCCAUUACAAACGGGUGAGAGGCGCUGGAUGUCACACACACACACACACACACACACAUCAGCAACACACACACUUCAACACUUAAACAAACAUCAUCUGU